UGUCGAAUAAGGAGUACAAUAAUAUUAUAGAGAUACAAAAUAUAUAACAUUAAAAUAUUAAUUAUAUAUUUAAAACAUUGAUAAUAACAUCAAUUAUAUUUAUAAAAUAAAAAUAUUCGUACAGACGUACAAAAUCUACUUUUGUUUAAGUUUUGAUGAAACUAAGUUCAUUUUAUUUAAAUUUUCAUUUCAUUUUAUUUAACUUUUUUUGGUCUACUUCAUUUCAUUUUAUUUAAGUUCGUUAAAACAUUCGUCGAGUUUUGACAGAAAAUCUUAAGUUUCCGUUAAGAUUUGGUCUUCUCACUUCUGUAUGAGCUCACCAUUUAGAAGAUGAGAUUAUACAAAGAUAAAGUACAUAAAUCUUUUUUUUUUUUCGAAGGAGAGAGAUUAAGGGUUGCGUGUAAGAUUGUCCAAAUCUUUUAUACAAGAAAUCUCUCCUAGGCUAUCGCAGGGGUGUAGGUAGGCCUGAGACGGAUCGGGUAUCCGGACAAUUUUAAGAUAUCCGGAUCCGGAUCCUUAUCCGGCGGAUCCAUAAUUUUACUAUCCUUAUCCGGAUCCGGGGUUCGCGGAUAUCCGGGUGUCGGAUAUCCUUCUAAAAAUUAUAAUAUCCGGCGGAUAUCCGGAUCCGGAUUUGGAUCCUUAAAAUACAGAAGUGAAGUGCAAUUAAUAGUAAAAAAAAUGAUAGAAACGUGACAAGACAAGAAGUACAGAAGAAAAGAGACGUUUUAGUGACAGCGUCUCUGUUUCUAGAACAAACGUUUUCAUUUUCCUCUCUUUAAGGUAACUAGUUUGAGUUGUUUCCAGUGUUUGGUUCGAAAUUAAUAGUUCAUCUUGUUUCGCUUCACUGCUGUGUUUUUAUAAGUCCAUAGUGCAUUAUAGGUUUUUGAUGUGUUCUCAUUGGCUUAUGUUUGGUGAGUGACAUUUCUUCAGAGGGGUUCAGUAGUUAGUUACCUGUCAUGUUUUGGCCAGUGUGAUUGAGACUCUGGACUCUGUCUGGAAUGGUGAGUGAAGCUGGUAACAAGUUCAUUUGGGUGAUUAAAGAUUUCUCCUCUCUGCAAUCUUGGAGGAUCUACUCUGAUGAAUUUUUGAUUGGUGGCUUCAAAUGGUGUCUUAUUGCUUAUCCAAAGGGAUCGAAAGUUGAUUGCUUGUCUCUGUAUCUUGGAGUAGCCGAUCAUGAAUCAUUGCCACUUGGAUGGAGAAGGAACACAAAAUUUUCACUCAAAGUAGUAAAUCAGUUUUCAGACAAGUCCUCCAUACUGCGAGAAGCCACUGAGUUGUUUGAUCAGAAGACUCCCUCUUUUCCAAAAGGGAGUAUUGUGAUUGAAAAACAAGAAGCCACUGAGUUGUUUGAUCAGAAGACACUUUAUGUUUAGUUUUUGAGAAGUUUCCUAAACAUCAAUAAAAG